AUGGUUAAGGUAAAAGGUCCAUCAGCAGGUGUGACUAGCGACCAAAGCAUGCACAAAGCAUGCACAACGCAUGCACAACGCAUGCACAACGCAUGCACAAAGCAUGCACAAAACAUGCACAACGCAUGCACAACGCAUGCACAAAGCAUGCACAACGCAUGCACAAAGCAUGCACAAAGCAUGCACAAAGCAUGCACAACGCAUGCACAAAGCAUGCACAACGCAUGCACAAAGCAUGCACAACGCAUGCACAACGCAUGCACAAAGCAUGCACAACGCAUGCACAAAGCAUGCACAAAGCAUGCACAAAGCAUGCACAACGCAUGCACAAAGCAUGCACAACGCAUGCACAACGCAUGCACAAAGCAUGCACAAAGCAUGCACAACGCAUGCACAAAGCAUGCACAAAGCAUGCACAAAGCAUGCACAAAGCAUGCACAACGCAUGCACAAAGCAUGCACAAAGCAUGCACAAAGCAUGCACAAAGCAUGCACAACGCAUGCACAAAGCAUGCACAAAGCAUGCACAAAGCAUGCACAAAGCAUGCACAAAGCAUGCACAAAGCAUGCACAAAGCAUGCACAACGCAUGCACAACGCAUGCACAAAGCAUGCACAAAGCAUGCACAAAGCAUGCACAAAGCAUGCACAACGCAUGCACAAAGCAUGCACAAAGCAUGCACAACGCAUGCACAAAGCAUGCACAACGCAUGCACAAAGCAUGCACAACGCAUGCACAAAGCAUGCACAAAGCAUGCACAAAGCAUGCACAAAGCAUGCACAACGCAUGCACAAAGCAUGCACAAAGCAUGCACAAAGCAUGCACAACGCAUGCACAAAGCAUGCACAAAGCAUGCACAACGCAUGCACAAAGCAUGCACAACGCAUGCAUGUACAACAAUACGAGUGAAUCAAAUACUAAUGAUAAAAAUAUCCGUCUACAAGAUGGCAAGUUAUAA